AUACAAAAACAGCUUCAGCCGCAACAAUUUGCUCGUUUGCACACUCAGCCAGCCAGCCAGUCAGGCAGUCUUAGCCGUAGUCUCAAACAGGAAGGCAACCGAACCGGCUGUUCUUUGACGGAAAUCCAACGAAUUUAUGUUCAUUUCAAAGCCAGCAGGCGACAUCGAUCUAUCCAAAUCCAAACAAAAGCAUCCGAAACAUCCCCCUCUCAUGUGAAUGGAAUAAAAUAUUCAACGCGUGUUUCUUUUGUGUUUUUCUUUUUUUUUAUAAUUUUUAAUUGUGUUGUGGUUUUGUUUUAAAAAAAUUUUUGUUGUUUUCGUUUAACAAUUCGAUCUACCAUUUUAUUGUUGUCAAAAUGGCAUGUGAAACAAGCAUUUAAUUUUCAAAAAAAAAAAACGGUGGUUUAAUUUGUUUAUAAAUACAAGAGUGUUUGGCUAAAUAAGCAGCAACGUGACAUAAAUAAAUAGCUAAUCCAGCUACCAAUUCGAAACAUAACAUCAUAAAAAUAUUAAAAAAGAGAAGAAAAAAAUCAUGGUUAAAAAUUAAAUGCAGUGACCGAAUUUCAAAUUUGCGCGCCCUCUAUAGAUUAGCAUACGUUGUCCGAGAGUGUCAUAGCAAUUACCAAAACGCAUUGCGACGUCUAAUUAUUGGCUAAACAAGUGUUGGCGGUCGAUGGUGUUGGCUAAGAGAUCCGGCGCCCACAUUCUUUUAGAGCGAAAAAUCAGUGUUUAUUUACAACAACUGACGUCCCAAAUGGGAUUUAAUUAAUAAUAGCAAAAAUCAACACACAAGAAAUAAAUCACUUAAGUGUUGGGCAUACAAAAAAGAUAUCGACGAAUUUUAAAGUGCACGCGGAAAAGACACAGUGAAACUCGAUGAUUGUUUUAAAAGCGAUUUUAUUGGAAAUUUUCAAUUUGAAUCCGUAUACGUGAUAAUACAUAGCCUUCUUACCCCCCAUUUUCAUUUAUCAAACGAAGCUUUUCGUUACCCCUAAAAUAUCUACAAACAACAACUUCUACACUUUUACUAACCUCCUCUGCAACGCUGCUACAAAGUAGACCUCACUAGAACGAAUUUCGUCCACUAGCAACAUUGAGAAAACUCCAAAAGUCCUACAAUGAUAGUCGAUAAAUCGGAAAAUAUUGGCGAGCAUGCUUGGACGAAGCUACUCGACGACAAGGAGACAUCAGGAAAAGGUGCUGUGAUUGUUAAAAUGUCCAAUAAAAACGAAAAUAGUCUUAGACACGAUAAACUCAAUAUAAAAAAUCUUAAGGAGAAUAGUCAGCUGACGGCAAAUCUUGUCGACACACCCGCAAAAGAAUCCCUGGCCGAUGAUAUCAUGGGUGAAGGAGGAAGCGGUGGCUCUUUGGGGGCCAAAGAUGUGAAUGAGUGCACCAAACUAAAUGCCAGUGCCGGCGGCGUUGGUGGCAAUGGAGACGAAAAAAAUGUUCAAAUACAACGCAAAGAAUCUAUACUCGGUACAUUCCAUAGACAUUUAAGGAGAUCCAUAAAGGCUGUUAGUGAAUCACCGGGACCCAUAACAAGGUAUCGUCAGACACGUUUUAGUUCUCGACGCAUACGAAAAAGAGUGAUAUUCAAACAUGGCGACUGCAAUGUGGUACAGGGCAAUGUCGCCAAAAGGAGAAGAAGAUACCUGCAGGACAUCUUCACCACAUUGGUCGAUGCUCAAUGGCGUUGGACGCUGUUGGUUUUUGCCUGCAGUUUUCUCAUAUCAUGGGCCUUCUUUGGUCUCAUCUGGUGGACAAUAGCCUAUGCUCAUGGUGAUCUGGAAUGGAUUGACAUGCGCGACCAUAGGCCAGAACUUAUUCAAAAUAUGACACACACUAUGUGUGUGACAGAGGUCCGUUCUUUCAUAUCAGCAUUUUUGUAUUCGAUUGAAACUCAACACACAAUCGGUUAUGGUAAUCGGUUCGUAACCGAAGAGUGUCCUGAGGCCAUAUUUACCAUAUGUCUCCAGUGUAUAACGGGUGUAUUUAUCCAAGCAUUUAUGGUGGGCAUUGUUUUUGCCAAAUUGUCGCGACCAAAGAAGAGAGCCCAGACGUUGCUGUUCUCUCGCAAUGCUGUGAUAUGUCAUCGAGACGGUUUGCCUUGCCUAAUGUUUCGCGUGGGCGAUAUGCGUAAAUCGCACAUCAUUGAGGCACAUGUAAGGGCGCAGCUUAUCAGGAAAAAGGUGACGAAAGAAGGUGAAGUACUGCCCUUCUAUCAGCAAGAAUUAAAAGUGGGUGCUGAUGGUGGUGAAGAUCGCCUGAUGUUCAUUUGGCCCACAACAAUUGUGCACAAAAUAGAUAGGCACAGUCCUCUGUAUAUGUUGUCUGCAUCUGAUAUGCUGAAGGAAAGGUUUGAAGUGGUGUGUAUGUUGGAGGGUGUUAUUGAAUCAACGGGCAUGACAACGCAAGCCCGUAGCAGUUAUUUGCCCACUGAAAUUCUAUGGGGUCAUCGUUUUGUUAAUGUUGUAUCAUUCCGUAAAGAAACCGGAGAAUAUGAGGUAGAUUAUACUCUGUUCAAUAACACAUAUGAUGUGGAAACACCAUUGUGCUCUUCCAAAGAACUGGAUGAUCUUAAGGAAGAGUAUGCCAAAACCAAAAGUGGAUUGGAUCGCGCCCUCUCUGUGGGCCUUCUGAAACACAUAAACUCUGUUGCCUCUGUGGAUCACAUGGAUCCUGCCAGCGAUGAGUCCUUGGACUCAGGACGCCUACACACUCGCUCAAAUUCCAUACCCAAUGGCACCUUAGCCUCUGAAUUGGAACCGCUGAACAAUAACACACCCUCAUUUACUGUGGGUGGCUCAUCUAUUCUGCCCUCCAUCACCUCCAAUUUCCAAAGUAUUAACGAAAAAAUCAAUUCCACAACUGCGAAUGGUACCAGCAAUAGCACCACAGGCAGCAGUAUAAGUCACAGCGCCAGCAACAGCAGCCUGAAGAAGGCCAAGUCAACGCGACGUCUUUCCAUAAAACAGGAUCAACUUCCAGUGGAUUCAUUGUGCUGAUAUUUAAGAAAUCUUUUAAAUAAUGUAUAUUAGUCUUACUGUAUUCCUAUCAUUUUAUUGUUUUGUUUCCUCUUUCUUCCAUCCCUACUUGUCUUCCGUUUUGUCCCAUGUUUUACUCAAAGAAUUUGUGGAGAAAUAUUUGAAACUAGAAAAAUAACCGAAGGGAAUUUUAGCAUUUCAUAAGAGAAGUUUUAUAUACACAAAUAUUUUAAGAUUGAGUUGUGCUGAAAAUAAUUUUAUGUAUGUUCUCUGAUAAGACAUUAAGGCAAACAAAAUAAAAUUUUAUAAAUUGUGA